UCUGGGGCAAAAACGAGACAAAAAAAAAAAAAAAAUAGAAGUGCGGGACGACGUGCGGCGCGUGGGAGUGUCAAUCUGAAGCCCCGUUAGCAUAGCACGCCUCCUGUGUUUUGACUUCCGUCUCUACGGCUCCGCUAGACACGGACAGAGAUGUCGAUUUUUUGACGCUGUCGUCGCCAGCAUGGAGUUGAAGUAAAGCCAAAAACCCAAGCCAGGGGAGGUUUGUGAAUUGCUCACGGACGAUAUCUGCCGACACCGAUGACGCCGAGGCUGCUGGCUGCUGCUAGAUAAGAGCUGUCUGUAGUGGUGACACACAUGACUGUUCCGUUAUGGUCGUCGCUCGCGUUUAUCUCCAGCUUGGCCUUUAAACACAUUCAAUAGCUGGGAAGGUGAAGUUUACGCGGCGGUAUUAAUGCUGUCGACAGUCACCCCUGACCUGUCUCCGGAGAGCCCCCUACUCGGCACCCUCCCGCUGCCACCAGCUCGCUCGCGUACCAGCGGCCCCAGCAGCGGCGCCACCACCCACCCCCCUGCCGAGCCGCCUGCGCGUCCUCACCGGAAGCGCAGCAGCGAGACCGGAAGCGGCAGUGCUAGCCCACCGGUCCGCGGCGCCAUGGAGGUGGGUAUGCGUGUGGUGCGUGGCGUUGACUGGAAGUGGGGCAACCAGGACGAUGGCGAGGGUCAUGUGGGCACAGUGGUGGAAGUGGGGCGCCAAGGCAGCACCAGCACACCUGACAAGACAGUGGUGGUGCAGUGGGACAGCGGCACUCGCACCAACUACCGCACAGGCUACCAGGGUGCAUAUGACCUGCUGCUUUAUGACAACGCACAGAUUGGUGUCCGUCACUCGAACAUCAUCUGCGACAGCUGCAAGAAGCAUGGCAUCAUGGGAAUGCGCUGGAAAUGCAAGGUGUGCUUCGACUACGACCUGUGCACGCAUUGCUACAUGAACAACAAACACGACCUGUCGCACGCCUUCGAGCGCUACGAGACGGCGCACUCGCAGCCAGUGAGCUUGACACCGAGGCAAAACCUAUCCCGGAUAAUCCUUAAAGGAAUCUUCCAGGGUGUAAAAGUCGUGCGUGGACCCGACUGGGAUUGGGGCAACCAAGACGGAGGAGAGGGGAAGAUCGGGAAGGUGGUCGAUAUCCGAGGUUGGGACCAGGAGUCGGGCCGCAGCGUGGCCAGCGUCACCUGGACCAACGGCACCACCAACGUCUACAGGAUGGGUCACAAGGGCAAGGUGGACCUCAAAUACGUCUCAGACGGCCAAGGAGGCUACUACUACAAGGAGCACCUACCAAAAUUAGGUGAACAUGCAGAGCUGCAGAGGCAGGAGAGCGCUGAUGGGCACACGUUCCAGCAGGGGGACAAGGUAAAAUGCCUGCUGGACGUCGACAUCCUCAGGCAAAUGCAGGAAGGACACGGAGGCUGGAAUCCUAAAAUGGCAGAGUACAUCUGCAGAAUCGGGACCGUGCACAGGAUAACGGACCGAGGGGACGUCCGAGUUCAGUACAGCAACAACAUACGCUGGACUUUCCACCCAGGGGCUCUGACUAAAGUGAAUACGUUUGCAGUAGGUGAGUUGGUGAGGGUACUGGAUGACAUCGAGACUGUGAAGCGGCUACAAUCCGGCCACGGAGAGUGGACAGACAGCAUGGCAUCUGUAUGUUCCAACAAACACGGCAUGAAAAAUGCCCUGGGUCAGGUUGGCAAGGUUUUGAAAGUGUAUGCGGAUGGUGACCUGCGCGUGGCAUUCGGAGGACAAACGUGGACUUUUAACCCUGCGUGUCUGUCGGCUCAGCCUGGCGAGGUGGACGCAAAUCUGAUGACGGCUGAGAAUCCAAGUGAAUCAAGAACUACAGUUAUUUCAGUCCUGGAGAAGCUGUUGUCUCAGUCCACGGAGCAGGAUAACCCCGGGCGCCUGGUCAUCGACGCCGCUCAUGGCAGCGUCGCUAAAGUCCGCGAACUGGUGCAGAAACAUCCGGAUAAGGUGGAUAUAAAGAACCAGGGGAAGACGGCCCUGCAGGUGGCUGCUCACCAGGGUCAUAUGGAAGUAGUGAAGGUCCUGCUGCAGGCCAACAGCAGCAUCGAGGCCAAGGACGAAGACGGAGAUGCAGCUCUGCACUACACGGCAUUCGGGAACCAAGCUGAAAUCGCACGCCUCCUCCUGAGCAAAGGGGCCAGCGUCAACCUGCUGAACAACACCAUGUGUACAGCGCUCCACAUCGCUGUCAACAAGGGCUUCACUGACGUGGUGAGGGUACUGACCGAGCAUUCUGCCGACGUCAACCUGCAGGACUCCUAUGGGGACACGCCUCUGCACGAUGCCAUCGCUAAGGACUUCAGAAGCAUCAUCGAGAUCCUGACCGCGGUGCGCAACAUUGACUUUACAAAGCAGAACAACCGUGGCUUCAACCUGCUGCACCAUGCAGCCCUGAAGGGCAACAAACUUGCAACGGAGAUGAUCUUGGCACGGGCUCGUCAGCUGGCCGACGUGAAGAAGGAAGACGGCUUCUCGGCUCUUCACUUGGCCGCCCUCAAUAACCACUACGAGGUGGCCGAGAUCCUCAUCAAAGAGGGCCGCUGUGAUGUCAACAUCCGCAAUAACCGCGGUCAGACGCCUCUGCAGCUGGCGGUCACUCAGGGCCACAUGCAACUGGUGGAGCUUCUGGUGAUGGAGGGAGCCAACGUAAACGCCGAGGACGAGGAGGGUGACACGGCCAUGCACACGGCCCUCAGCCGCCAACAGCUCACGAACACGCUGAGCAUCGCAGAGAGAGACGCCUCAAACCUCUACAGCCGACUGAGCGGCUCGGGGCUGUUGGGGAACACCGAGCUGAACAUCGGGGCUGCUAUUGCCUGUUUCCUGGCUCAAGAGGGUGCAGAUAUAAACUAUGCCAACCAUAAAGGCAAGAGUCCACUGGACUUGGUGACGGACAGCAUCGUGUUGCAGCUGAUCAGGAGCUUCUCUGAGAAAUACCGACUGCAGGCUGGUACAUGUGGGACAGGUGGCAGCGGGAGCAGUAGCAGCAGUCUGAGACGGGUUCACACCACACCCAACACCAUGACCAACCUGGUCAUGCCCAGCGCACCAGGCCCCAGCGAGUGCCUCAUCUGCUCCGAGCUCGCCCUGCUUGUGCUUUUCGCCCCAUGCCAGCACAGCGUCGCCUGCGAGGAAUGCGCUCACAGAAUGAAGAAAUGCAUCAAAUGCCAGGUCACCAUCACCAAGAAAAUACGACAAGACCAAACAGAGGUAGACAGCAGUCCAAACUCAGAGAGCUCGGAGCAGCACCACCUGCUGGAGCAGCUGCAGUCACGCUACAGGCAGAUGGAGGAGCGUAUCACUUGCCCCAUCUGCAUUGACAACCACAUCAAGCUCGUGUUUCAGUGCGGCCACGCCUCCUGCAUGGAGUGCAGCUCCGCCCUCAAGACCUGCCCCAUAUGCCGCCAGAGCAUCCGCGAGAGGAUCCAGCUCUAUGUCUGAUGUGUGCACGCUCACUCACACCUACACACGUAUAUACACACACGGGAGUGUGUCACGGCUUACUGUUAUGAUGGCAAGUGGGGCUUGGGGUUAUGUGGGCGGUGGGGGGGAUGUAGGAUGUGCUGUAUUUAAUCAAUCAGCCUGAAUUCUCCAUCAUCAAUGUCCAAAUGCAGAAACCCAAGCCCACUCGUGCGGGCUUCACCAUUCAUCGUGCAUACGGGGACGUUCGUGCACCUUCUUUUUCAGCUCGUCAAAAAGAAAACGCAGAAGCGCAAUCCUCUGGGUCAUCACAAAAAACACCGGUCAUUUCCACUGGGACACAUCAUCUGCUUUCAGCUCUUUUUUUGGGGGGGGUAAUUAUUUGCUGACUCACUGUAGCUCUGAGAUGUUUACAGACUGUUGUUGGAUUCUCUGUGAAAAAAACAAAAACAAAACAAACACAAACCUCUCUAUGGAUGUAGAAUCAUUACAGCUGGAUGCACAGCUGGAAGUGGAUGGAGGCGGGCUAUUUUGUAAGUCAUACAAAACUGCAGCUUUUAAGUUCCACAUCAACAUACAGCGUCUCUCUCCCAGUCCCCGCCCAGCAGACCCUGAAAAGCUUUCCACAAGCGAAGGAUAUACAAUGCAUGCUGAUAUGCAUAUUAUCUAUAUGAUAUAUUGUGACAUGGAUUACAUUUGUGGUGUUCCAAGGCAAUCAGGUUUUUUUUUUUGUUUGUUUGGUUUGUUUGUUUGUUUGUUUGUUUGUUUUAUAAUUUAUGUGUGAAGGCAACCUGUAGCCUCGAGGUCAAGUGAAGGAGGCGGAGCAAGGAAACUCAAGGCACUACUACGCAUUUAUGGUCAAACUUGCAAAAAAUAAAUAAAAGGUCAUUUACUUUUCUUAGGGAUCCGUUUACAAAAAGGGCAGUUUCUUUAAAUAGAGUGUGAGACACUAUAACACAAGAUUCUGAUGAGUAUUAAAAACGUAUACAGCGUGAAUCCAAACACGUUCCUUUCGUAGCCUUUACACAAGGAAACCGGACGAGGUUUGACGGCCGAGCCACCUCAUGCCAUUUUGAAAGUGUCACUCCUCUGGGUUGAUGUAUCCUGUAAUAAUUUAUGUGCUCGUGUGUUUGGUUUGAGGUCUGAUCAAUUUUUGGCUUGUAAAUUUCUGGCCGUAUUUCAUGAUGAAUACGGUUAACACGUUAAUCUGGGAUAAAGCUUAUCUUAGAUCUGAGCUGGGACUUUUCAUCAAAUUUUUUUUUUUUUUCUUCAUUA